AUGUUCGUCGUUUCGAAAAAAUUGGCAUAUCUACAUCCUAAAUUUCUUCGUUCAAUAUCGACUGAUAUUCUUCGAAUUGGAUCAGUUACUCGUUCUGUAACACCACGAAUUGAUAAUGAUCAAUCACUUAUACCAAUAUUUUAUUAUGAAAAAAAUCUCUUUCCACCAUCAUUUGUUCGUCAUCUUGAAUGGUUAAUGAAAAAAGAUAAACUUGGACAAGAUGCUUUAUUUGUUGGUCCACCUGGUCCAACUCGUCGACAUCUUAUUCUUGCCUAUCUUGAGUUAACACGUAAACCAUAUCAAUAUUUACAAUUAACUCGUGAUACAACAGAUUCCGAUAUAAAACAACGACGAGAAAUACAAAAUAAAACAGCAUUAUUUAUUAAUCAAGCAGCUGUUAAUGCUGCGAUAUAUGGUCAUACACUUGUUUUAGAUGGUUUAGAAAAAACUGAACGAAAUGUUUUACCUAUAUUAAAUAAUUUACUUGAAAAUCGUGAAAUGAAUUUAGAUAAUGGACAAUUUCUCGUAUCAACACAACGUUUUGAUGAAUUAUUAAAAUUGUAUACAAAAGAACAACUUGAUAAAUUAAAUUUUAUUCGUGUUCAUGAAGAUUUUCGUGUUAUUGCUUUAACAUUACCACCAUUAUCAGAUUAUAAAGGAAAUAGUCUUGAUCCACCAUUAAGAUCUCGAUUUCAAUUACGUGAUAUUGGAAAUGAACCAUUAACUUUUACUGAAUAUACAAAUCUUCUUAAAACAUUACAUCCAAAUAUUGACAAUCAAUUUCUUGAGCAAUUGCUUUCUUUAGCUUCAUUAAUUAAUUCAACUGAUUUAGAAACUUUAAAAUUAAUUCAUUUUCCAUUUGAUCGUCUUGAUCAAUCUGUUCGUUUAGCUGAAUUAAUUCCAAAUAUAACCCUCGCUGAUUGUCUUCAUCGAAUUUAUCCAUAUGAAAUUCUUUAUAAAAAUUCGAAAGAAUCAUUACAAGCUAUUCAACAUAUGUUUAAAAAAUUAACUAUCAAACAACAAAUAGAAAAUUCAUCGAAGAAAAUUACUCAGAUUAAUCGAAACGAAACACAAGCAACUGUAGAUUAUGAAAUGAAUAAGAAACAAUAUCAGAUUACGGUACCAGCUCAUAAUACAUCAUCACCAAUUAUUCCACCAACAUUUAUUAAAACUCCGUAUCAUGAUCAACUUCUUUCGGAUCUUAUGUUAAGUCAUGCUAUUGGUGAUAUAUGUUUAAUUGGUCCUAAAGGUUGUGGAAAAAGUUUAAUUAUUGAUCAAUUUGCUUCGUUACUUAAUUAUCCAAUUGAAUAUUUUGUAUUGUAUAAAGAUUUAUCAGCACGUGAAUUAUUACAACAACGUAUUACAAAUGAAAAUGGCGAUACUUUAUGGCAAAAUACACCAUUAAUAGAAGCAGCUAUUCAUGGUCGUUUACUUGUACUUGAUGGUAUACAUCGUUUAAAUAAUGAUACAUUAGUUUCAUUACAACGAAUUAUUCAAGAUCGUGAACUUUUCUUACCAGAUGGUACUCGUCUUCUUCGUCAUGAUCGAUAUGAUAAUUUAAAAAAUCCAAAUAAAAAUAUUCGUCGAAUCCAUCCAUCAUUUCGUAUAAUUGCUCUUGCUGAACCACCAUCAAAUACUAAUCCAGGAUCAAAUGAAAGUUCUUCAAUAAAAUCAUCCAGUGAACAAAAUUGGUUAAAUGCUGAAACAUUAAAUUUAUUUUUAUAUCAUCAAAUGCGUUCAUUGAAUUUAGCUGAAGAACGUCAAAUAAUCUAUUCAUUAUUAUCAUGUUCAAAUCAAUCAAUACCAGCUAUUGAUCAUCUUCUUCAGUUUGUUCAUGAACUACGAAAUUCACCUGAAACACAAUUAAAAACUGUAGCACGAUCAUUAUCAACACGUAAUGUUUUACGUAUUGCAAAACAUUUAAAGAAUAAUUCAUCGAAUUAUCAUACACAAUUGCGUGAUCAAUUAAUUCGACAAACAUCAGCACCAUUUCUUCCACGACUUGUUCAAGAUGCUUUCUAUGAAGCAUUAAAUAAAUCAGGUCUUGGAAAAAAUCAAGAAACGAUUUCAUCGACUAUUAAUUGGAAACAAUCAACUACGGAUAAUAAACAAUUGAAACCAUCGUUUGAACAUGCAGCAAAAGUACCAUUUACAAUUUUUUAUGAAAAUCCAAUUCAUAGUGAAAUUAUUCAACAAAUGCAUGAAUCAUUUUUAUUAGGUGAACAUUUACUAUUAAUUGGACCACAAGGAGUAGCAAAAAAUCGUAUUGUUGAUCAUUAUCUUCAAACAUUAAAAUUACCUCGUGAAUAUAUUCAACUUCAUCGUGAUACAACUGUUCAAAGUCUUACAAUUCAAGCAAAUAUAAUUGAUGGUCGAAUUGUUUACGAAGAUAGUCCAUUGAUAAAAGCAAUUAAAGAAGGUUCAAUUGCAGUUAUUGAUGAAGCCGAUAAAGCUCCAACAAAUGUGACUGGAAUUUUAAAAUCUUUAAUUGAAAGUGGUUCAAUGUUUUUAAGUGAUGGAAGACGUGUUUAUCCAAAAGAUACAGGAGAUAUAACAACAAUACCCUCGAAUAUGAUUAUUCGAACACAUCCAAAUUUUCGAAUGAUUGUUCUUGCAAAUCGACCUGGUUUUCCAUUUCUUGGAAACGAUUUUUUCUUGAGUUUAGGUGAUCAUUUUUCAACAUUUCCUAUACUUAAUCCACCUCGUGAAAGUGAAAUAAUUCUUUUACAAAAUUUUGCACCAAAUCUUCAACGUGAAAAACUUGAACAAUUAGUUGAUGUAUUUACUGAACUACGUCAAUUAUCAAUUGAUGGAAUUAUUUCAUAUCCAUAUAGUUUACGUGAACUUGUUUCAAUUGUUAAACAUUUAAAUAUGUUUCCAAAUGAAUCCUUAGCUGAUGUUGUUCGAAAUGUAUUCGAUUUAGAUAAUUAUAAUACAGAUGUUAUUGAUCGUAUACGAUCAAUUCUUCAUCGGCAUGGAAUACCAUUUGAUAUUCAAAAACGAACAGUUAAUUUAACUAAUAGUCACCCCUUAAAACUUCUUUCCAAUCAAGAAACAUGGCCAAUGAAAAUAUUAGAGAAUGAAAAUUUAGAAUAUUCAUCAUCACCGAUUAUUUUCAAUGAAAAAUCUAGUAAACAACCGAUUAAAACAAUUGAAUCGAUACAACGAAGUGAUUCUCGGACACAAAAUUUUUCUGAAUUAAUGUUUAGAUAUCGAUUACCAUUAGAUGAAACAACUUAUGUACAUGAUCUUAAUGUUUUAAAAGAGAAUAAAACUGUACUUGUACUAACUGGUAAUCCUAUUUCAUUGUGGACAUUUAAAUUAGGCGAAAAUCAAGCAAAAAAAAUUGAUUUAAAUUCAAUAUUUACUAAUAAUACAAAUCGAUUUACAACACCAAAUUAUCAACUUUGUGUAAUUCCUGGAAAUGACAAACAAGUUGUUGUUGGUGAUUUACCUAAUCAAAUAUGGACAUUAGUUGAUAUAGAUAAUGGUCAGAGUUCAGUAAUUCAAUCGAAUAAUUCAUCAUUAACACAAACUAUAACACGUAAAUUUAAUGAAAUGCUUGCACAACGCACGGCUUCAACAUCUCGAUCAGUAUAUAAUUCAACAAAUGGUCAACUUCUUCAAUAUAUUCAUAAUCAUAAUUCAAUUUGUAUUUUAAAUUUUAUGAAAAAUAUCGUUCAACAAAUAAAACUUCCAUUUCAUAUACGUCAUGCUAUUCCAUUUGGUGAUCAAUGGUUAUUAACAGAUCAUGUUCAAAAAUCUUCAUCUUCAUAUCUACUUAACACAAAUCAUGAAGAAAAACCAAUUCUAUCAAUGGUUCAAUAUAAUCUUGAUACAAUUGGUUUAGCUAAUAGUGGAGGAGAUUUCAUUAAGAAUUCUUUAUGGUUUUCAAGUUCAAAUGAUUAUUUAGGGAAGAUAAAUAAAAAUGAAAAUGAUAAUUUAAUUGUUGAGCGAUAUAAACGAUCGAAAGUCUUAUCAUCGAAUGAUGCAUCACCACAAGAAAUAUUUGAAAAACGAAGAUUACAAACAUUUAUUAAUAAACAACAAUCAUUGAUUACUUCAUUUUUUAAUAAAAAUGAAAUUGAUAAAAAAUAUAUAACGAAAACUGAUAUUCCCGAUUCAUCAAUUCUGAGUUAUAUUGAAUUAAUCGAUUUAAAACGUCAUUUAGUGACUUAUAUUCCAAUUCAACGUUUACAAGAGCAAAAUUCUCGUUCAUCAACAUCUCAACAUGAAUGGCAUAUGCAAACGAAAUCUAGUUCAGGUGUUAUUGCUGCUCAAUGUGAUGAUGAUUCAUUAAUUACUAUUGAUAGUCGUGCUAAUAUUUAUCAUUGGGAAAUUACACCGAGUAAUUUACAAAUUUCAUUAGAUACUUGGAGUAAACAAACAGGUCGAGUAGGAGAACAUAGUCUUGAUAUUGAAUAUUUAAAAGAUGGAAAAACAGAUCUAAAUGGACCUAAACAUGGAAAAGUUGAUCCAGAAAAUCAACCACAUGUGGGUGGAAAUCAAUGGGCUGGUGGAAGUGGUGGUCGAGAUACUGCUGGUCUCGGUGGUAUUGGAGGACCCUAUCGAUUAGAUAGUGGUCAUCAAGUUUAUCAAGUACCUGAUGAUGUAAAAGCAGCAGUACCUGAACAUAUUCGAAAAGCAGCAAAAGAAUUAGGUCAAAAAGUAUUUAAAGAACGUCUAAAAGAAAUUGAAAUGUCUGAAUAUGAACAUGAAGUUUAUGAAAAAUAUUUACAUAAAAUCUCAAGUGAAAUAAAAAUGCUUCGGUCAAUUAUUGAAUCAUUAGAAGCUAAAUCACAUGAUCGUCAAUGGGUGCGUCAUCGUACAACGGGUGAUUGGGAUGAAAGAAAAUUAAUUGAAGGUAUUAUUGGAGAAAAAUCAAUUUAUAAAUAUCGUGCCGAUGUUCCACCUGAACCUGGUAGUCCUCAAACGAAAGCUAAACGUCUUCGUUUAGUUGUUGAUUUGUCUGCAUCAAUGUAUCGCUUUAAUGGUGUUGAUAAUCGUUUAGAACGUCAAUGUGAAUGUGUAUUAAUGUUUCUUGAAUCAUUAGCUGGUUUUGAACAUAAAUUUGUUUAUGAUAUUGUUGGUCAUUCCGGUGAUGAACAUUCAAUCGAACUUGUACGAAAAAAUCAACCACCAAAAAAUAAUAAAGAACGUUUAAAAUUAUUAAAACUUAUGUAUACACAUACAAUGUUUUGUAGUUCAGGUGAUAAUACAUUUUCAGCUUUAAAAACAGCUAUUGAUGCAUUACAAGCUGAACCCGAUGAUACAGUUGAUGAACGUUUUGUUAUUGUUAUAUCAGAUGCUAAUUUUGAUCGAUAUGGUUUAUCACCAAAAGUCUUUGGAAAAAUGUUACAAUCGAAUGAAAAUGUUCAAUGUUUUGCAAUGUUUAUUGGAUCAUUAGGACAACAAGCAUCAUUGUUACAACAAAAUCUACCAUCUGGAAAAGGUUUUGUUUGUUUAGAAACAAAUCAAAUACCAAAACAAAUUGAAAAAAAAGUCGGUAUAGACUUAAAUGGUGAUGGUGUAAUCGGCUCAGGUUAUGGCCGUCAUGGAUAUGGUGGUGGUGGUGGUUAUGGACAACCACAUGGCGCUGCAGGAGGAGGUUUGAUUAAUCAAUUAGAAAAAGCUACACAUAUGGAUUUGAAUGGUGAUGGACGUGUAGGUGGUGGUUAUGGUGGUCAUGCUCAACCUUACAAUCAGUAUGGACCUCCUGGCUAUCCUCCACAAUACAAUCAAUAUGGAGGUGCACCUUGUCCUCCACAAUAUAAUCAACAAUAUGGUGGUGGUCCUGGUUAUCCUCCACAAUAUAAUCAAUACGGUGGUGCACCUUGUCCUCCACAAUAUAACCAACAAUAUGGUGCACCUGGAUAUGGACCUGCUCCAUAUCAUGGUGGCGGUGGUGGUGCUGGUGGUGGUUUAAUUAAUCAAUUAGAAAAAAUAACAGGCAUGGAUAUUAAUGGUGACGGUCGCAUCGGUGGCGGUUAUGGCCAUCCACAACCUCACAACCAAUACGGUCGUCAUUAUUAA